GAGAAACGGAGAAUAUCACAUUUCACUAGGAGUCAUCAUAUUUUGAAAUAGAUGUGGACUGAAAUAAUAAACAGCACUCCCAGAAUUCCUUUGUGAACCGUGCAAUUUAAAUUAAAACUGAACAGCUUUUUUCAUGAACCAUGUCGCUAAAAUAAAAUGGGGAUCAGGUAUUAUAAAUGUGCAACAAAAAUAAAUAGAAACAGCACACAAGGAAGACCAUAAUUUCAGUAUGAUACAAGUAUAGUAUGUCAUUACUCUGUCACAUAAUCUAGUAACCGGUCUGCUUUCACUUGGGCAAUGGAUCUCGUGAUUUCUCGACCCCGAAUAAACCACCAUAAACUGACCUCUACCAGCUACUUCUCUGAAAUGUUGAUUGCCCUGUUGCCGUUUCCUUCUUUUUUAUUUGACCCUCACAAUAACGGUUCCUGCUGGCAAUAGUUUCCCUUUGUCUGUCACAAGCAUGUCCCCGCACGCACGCGGAGCCCCAGCGACAAUUUCAGCUCGCGCCGGUCACAUGACCCAGCCUCCACUGACAGAUGUCUCUCGGCGUUUUCCACAUGUCUGCUGCUGUGUUUGUAAAAUAUCCUGAUCAUGUGCUUUGCUGAGCAAGUGUAUUGUCUUUUCACUAGUGGGUGUGGGUCUCGUUUUCUCUCUCUCCUCCCUCUCGCUCUCUCUCCUCUCUCUGUAGCUUAGUCUGUUUCUUUUUUUCAGCGUGAUCAAUGGCUUGACUUCCUCCUUUGGUACUACCAGUGCUGGGGAGCGCAGAAAUUCGACUGGUGCUACUCGGUUUUUACACGGCAUCGAAAUUACCAGCGAUACAGGUCACGCACCGGAUUGCCUCAGCCCGGCGCUCAGUCGAUAAGAUGAGUGCAGAGGAUGUGGUCUUCACGGGCUGGCUCAUCAAAUCCCCUCCCGAGAAGAAAUUAAAGAGAUAUGCCUGGAGGAGGCGCUGGUUCGUCCUACGUAGAGGCCGCAUGAGCGGCAAUCCAGACGUGCUCGAGUAUUACCGCAGCAAGAGCUCCAAGAAGCCCAUACGCUCAAUCGACCUGCGGGAGUGCAAGGUGCAGAUGGAGUCCAACGUUCAGCUAGUCAAGCGCGAGUUCCAGAACCAGCCCCUCUUUGUGGUGAAGACCCUGACCCGCGUCUACUACCUGGUGGCCAAGACGGAGGAGGAGAUGAACUGCUGGGUGUCCCACAUCAGUCAGAUAUGCCACUUCAGUCCGUUGAAUGAUGAAAGAGAGUCUGCACACAUCUUCUCUCACGCCCCGUCGUCCCCCCAGCCGUCACCCCCCGACUCCGCCCGUGUGUCCCGCGCCGCCAGCCACGACCUCACUGCCGACGCCAGCGCGACGGAGGACAGCCGCAGCGAGUCCGAGUCCAGCUUGCCGCCAGAUUACCUCGUCCUGUCGCAGUGUGAGACCGGCAGGGUUAAAGUUAACAGUUUUAACAGCUGUUCAAACUCCGAGAGAUCCCUGGAGCAGAACUCGUCCGACAACGCCUUUGAGGACGUCUUCUUCUCGCCCCUCAGCGCCAGUCAGAUCCUCUCCCCCUUCAGCUCUGGGAGACCCCUGGAGCUGAGCCUCAGCACCUCCUGCUGCUCCACCCCUCUGUGCAGGACGCUCGAUCGUCACGCCUCUGCCACCUCCUCGCCGGCUUCAGAUGUUUUUCAGUUCGACAAGCCGCCGUCUUCCCUGCCCCCGGGGGGAACAAUGGACGGUCACACGCCUCCCCCCCGUCCCCCCAAGCCCAGCCGCUUCUCGGAGCACUGCGGGGACGAGGCAGUCCACUACGUGGCGCUCCGGAGUACUGAGGGGCCGUUCUCUGUGCGUCCUGCUCCCAUUCCGCGGAGAAUUUCCCUGCCAGGCCUUGAUCACAUUCGGAGAGAAUUUGAUACGAAGUCUGAAAGACGCUGGAACAAACGACUCAGUCUUAAUUUGCCUCAUCUGACAACCAUGUCCAACUCGAAUUCGACAGACUGUUGUGAUGACUCUUACGUCCCAAUGAAUUCUGGGACUUCGCCACCUGCCACUGUUUCAGAGCACUCCCCCGAUGGGUAUAUCCCCAUGAGCCCUUUGUCAAUUAAAUACCUCCUGUCCAAUAAUAAAGCAGAGAAUCUCCAGGCCACGCCCAACUUUCAAGUGCUGCCCAAUGACAUGGAGCCUCCUCCGGUGAACCGUGAUCUGAAGCCUCGCAGAAGAGCGAGACCUCCACCCCUUGACCUGCGGGGCCUGUCCACCAUCCGAGAAUGCCCGUUCCACCUGCCUCUGAUGAGGACGCUGACGGAACCAGGACCCUCAACAAACUGGUUCUCACUGGAAAGACGAUGUAAUACAGGAGGGAACCCAGCAAACGGAGAGGGCAACUGUCUUCCAGCGGAGCCCAGGCAGCUGCUGUUCCCUGCUAGCGGAAGCCCCACCCCCCAUAUGCCCAGGACAUCAAACCUUGACUACCUUUCCCUGGACUUCAACUCCGCGUCGCCGUCGCCCGUGCAGAAGAAGGCCCUGCUGGCAGACGAGCAAAGGGUGGAUUAUGUGCAGGUGGACAAGAAGAAGACUCAGGCCUUGCAGAACACUAAGAUGGACUGGAAAGACUUCCGACAAUCCAAAGAAUAGCAAAGCAUCCUGGGAAAGCAUUAAUGGCAAAGGAGAAUCCGUCACGGCGUGGGGCUGCAUCAGCCAGUGGAACCAAAAAAACUAUCGAGCUGUCAAGGGUGGAUAAAUAUCCUUUUAUUAGGUGCCAUUUACUGAUGAAUGUCCCUACACUGCCUCAAGUAUUUUUUUAAAUGAAACAAGGACUUUUCUUCGUUUUAAUACAGGGAUUUGUUUUCUAUUGAAUUUUGUUCGCCAGUUUUCAGCUAUACAUAUGUCGCAAGACCAAACAAACUGAAUGUCAUGCCACUUUUCAUGUUUUUGUUCUCUGAAAUCAUGAAUCUUAGAUCACAGUACUAUGAUUUCCUACUAUGAUCAUUGUGUAACAGUUACUAUGCAUUUUUUCCAGCUAAAGAUUUAGCUUCUCUUACAUCUGCUAACUUCUAAAUAAUGCUACAGUACGACAGCAGUGUGUGCAUAUAUACUGAUAUAUUUCCAUUUUGCUGUUUAACUCCUAAAAUCAUGAAUGCCUAAAUUAUGAGUUAUAAAUUGUCACUUUGAAGAUAGCCUGGCAUCCAGGUAUAUACUUUGCCUUAUGAUCUGUGCUCUGGCCCACCGCUUCCCUAAAGAAUAAUUAUAAAGUGAAAGAAAUAUAAUAUGUGUUCAAAACCAGCAUGACCUCCAUCACAGGGCCAGUCUAAAGUUUCCACACCCAAGGGCCUGAUCCUCUUUCUCUUUUAGCUUAAUACAAUCAGUUCCAGAAAGUAUGCUUUUGUUCCUAAACAUCAAUUAAACAAGUCAAUUAGGAUUAAAUUACUGCCACAGAACUGAGAGCAGAAUGAAAUGUCUUCAUUGAAAAUUGCUGUAUCUCAAAAUAGGCAUUUAAUAUGCAAAGCUGCCAGUAUCUAUAAAUGUUUUUGGCAAAGCGGGCGUCUGAUUUUCCUCACAUUGGACUGUCCUAAAGCGUGCAUCUUGGAAAAUAUAGUGGCAGUUUAUUUACUCGCUCAGUGCAUGAUUAACCAAGGACGUCCUAAUGGGAUUUGAGGUGAGGAAGAACUGAAAGGCAACAAUGCAGAUAACAGCUUUCAAUGAGGAUGGCAAAAUGUAGGCUUUAGUUAAGUGUGGCUACCCAUGAAAAAAUACGAUGAUAAAUGAGCUGCAAGGAAUAAAAAGAAAACUAUUAAAAUGCAUAAAAUAUUUCUGGAAAAAACACAUUGAUAACAUACUGUACAGUAUUUUUCCAUGUUUGAUUGCAGUCUAAUUGCUAAAUCUGAUGAUAAUGUCUUUCAGGACUUUCAAAAACGUUGAGAGUAACUGUGCUCAUUCUGUGUUUGAUGCAAUUACUUUCAUACUACAGAUUAAGAGUGAUGAUGUUACUCUGUCUAUAGUUCCCUAUCAUUUUGCAGAAAACUUAAUACAUUUUUUUUUCAAUAACCAUUCAAGUACAAUUAAACCCAUUAAUAUUGUUUCAUUGACAAUGGGACUUUAACAAAGAGAAUUUUGUUAUAUAAGAGCAAAUGCUCGUACUUUAUGUGUAAUUAAUAUGCUGCUGCUGGAGAGAAUUUCUUCUUUUUUCUAGACUGUGAUACACUCAGAAACCAGGUACUGUGUGCUCCACUAUUGCUAGACAAUUAGCACAUACAUUUACAGAAAAAUCCAACAUUAUAAAUAAAUGAAUUGCCUUCUGUUGACAGGAAAACAUUAUCCGAUGGCACGCCAGUUUUUCACUUCUUUGGCCUGUUACUAUGCGUGUUGAAAUAAUCAGCUAGUCUCAUAGGAUUAAGUAAAUUAUUUAUUCUCUUCAGAAGGAAAAACAGAGCAGGAAACCUGUGUUGCCAAAGAAUUGUCUCUUUUUAGUCUUUCCCACUGUGCGUGUGGUUUGUUCCUACCUGUGGUACAGCUGGCUGGUUUCUAUCUUUGCUCUCUUUUCAUGCUACAGUUGGCUGUAUUUCAAAAGGUAACCAUACGUGUCUUAAAGAAAGAAGCUUAACAUUUUCUAAAGUAUCUCAAAGAACAAAUCAUGGUAAGCCUAAAGGGCAAUGUAUAAUUACUGUGAAUUACUGUGAAUUCAUCUUAUCUAUAGGGCUACAAUAAAGCACAUCUGGGAAAACUCACAUUUCAAUUGAAUGUGGUGUUUACUGUUGAGUGACUUGGAUGUACUAGCUAGAUGAAAAUCAGAUAUUGCAGGUACUAAAGAGACUAAUCACUUUGUAAGUUUACUCAGGGGUAAUUUGCUGGCAUUAUUGUUAUCUGGUAUUAAUAUGAAAUCCUUAGCAUUCUUUGUUAGAGAUUCUUUGCUGUUGCCUAGUUAAUACAUUUUAUUUAAUAUUAUUAUUAUUAUUAUUAUUAUCAUUCAGGGAAAGAAUUCCAAUAAAACUAUUCUAUUGAUGGCUGAGUUGUAGUGAAAAACAAGCUACAUAACAAUGAGACUGAUGACUGGUGAAGUUACAGACUCCGUUCUUCAUUUUGCUUUUACAUUAGGUGGUAUAGACUAUACACUAGCUGUCUGUCAGACAGAGUCACGAACAGCUCGGCUGUCUAACCCGGCCCCGCUUCUCUCCUUUGAUCUCCCUGUGUUCUUCAGGCGGAUGAAUUCUGAGUGCGGCUAAGCUUGCAAAGCGCGUUCUCAGGUGCACUGACUUGGCAAUAACUUGAGCAAGUAGCGUUGCUGAUGUAUCAAAAAUGGAACAAUCCAGGGCAACGUCCAGCAGGAAGACUGUCAUGAUUUUAAUCGCAGGUUUCAUUUCAGUACUCACGCAAUUGUAAAAAAAAAAAAAAAUUCAAAUAUGUUGUAGAAAUUGUAUUUUAUGUACUUCUGAGUUGAUGUUUUCAUUGUGGACACCAAUGCAUUAAAAUCUAUUAAAAUUGAAAGACUGUAAAUCUGUAAAAAAAAAAAAAAAAAAAACUUUACUAUUGAUAGUUCAAAUUAAUUCUCUACAUAUAUUUAUGAAAUUUCCCAUGUUAUUAAAAUCUUCUUUGCGAAACUAUUUUACAUAAUAUAUCAUAAUGUAACAUCUGACUAUGUACCAUGUUAUUCACAGCACUAAGUAACUAAGUGAGUAACUAAAUGAGUAACUAAGAUCCAUCUUCCCAAUGUCUAUUUUGCUCAUGUUUACAGGCAGGAUCUUGGAGUCCGUUCCAAGUCCAUUUACAGAUGCUAAUAAGCCUUAUCUACAUUCAUCCAUCCAUAAAUCCAUCCAUUCAUCCACCCAACCAACUUCCAUCCAUCCAAUCAACCAACCUUCCAUCCACCAUGACAGAUAAUACAUGGCUAUCUUACGUAAGGGAUAAUGCCUCCUAACCUAACCUUGGCACCUUUGGUCUGUUAUCAUUCCCAUCUGCUGCUGCCAAUGACUGGAAUUUGUUACAAAAAUCUUUACAACUGGAUAAAUGUAUAUCUGUCAGCUUUCAAAGGCCUACCAACAGACACUUCUUAAUACUUGUAAAUGCUUUAAUUCUGA